AUGCAGUAUUUGGAUAUUGCAGCGAACCAAGAGUAUUUGGUUGAAAGGGUCAAAGCCGCUGCCGGGGAGCCGGAGGUGCGGGGCGAGGGCCCGCGGUGGGGCUCGCCCUGCGACCGCCGCUGCGCCGCCAUUAACGACCCGCAUGGCGACCUGCCCUUGGCCUCCCACCCCCACGGCAUCCUUGCCCCCCGCAUCCUCGCCCUCCUCGUCACCCACCAGCAGCACUUGAACGAGGUGCCAGCGUGCGAGAGCUGCGGGGCAAAGACCACGCUGACGGCCGAGAGCGCAGUGGAGGCCAACAAGCUCUCCAACGACGUCAAGUUCGGCUUCAAGAAGUGGAAGAGCCACGCGACUGCCCGGCCCUGGGAGGACCGCUCGGAGAUCAGGAAGGAGCUCUACUCCAACCUGAGCGUCAUCCGUGGCUUUGGAGGCUCCACGGUGACGUUGGACAGCGUCCUCUACGCGCUGCUCUUCGGCUGGUGGCUGGCGCUCCUCUACGUCCUGGUGGCCGCCGAGAUGUUCCUCACCGUCGUGGGGGCUCCUUACGGGCGGCUCUGCAGGGACCUGGGCGGCUACUUCCUCUGGCCCUUCAGCAAAGUGAUCCAGCGGGUGGAGGGUCCCGCCGCGGAGGCCGACGGCACCCGGGAGACCUCGGCCCUGCUCGGCGGCCCAGCGCCCGGCCGCUGGUGCCCCGCGGACCCCGGCUACCGGCAACGCGCUGCCGCCGCCGCCGCCGUGUGGCUCUGCCUGGGCUACCCGGCGCUGGCACUGGCCCACGGGCUCGUCUGCUUCGUCGCCUGGCUCCUCUUCUUCCUCAUCUCCGUCGCCAAGAUGAGCACCCGCACGGCCCACCGGGUGCUGCUGCCACCCCCGGAGUGGGUGCGCGUCUGGCGCCCGCGCAUGACGAACGUGCCGCUGGAGGCGGAGGUGAUCAAGUGCUGCUACCGCGCCGUCAACGCCUACUACUACAAGUACGCCGUGGACGGCAUCAACGUCUUCGCUGUCAACCUGCUGCUGCUGGUGGUGGUGACGCUGGUGCUGGGCUACGUGGACGGGCGCAACCGGCUGACGAGCUCGCCCGUGAAGUUCGCCCUGGCGCUGCUCUCCAUCAUGCCCCUCUCCUACUACAUCGGCAUGGCCAUCGCCAGCAUCUCGGCGCAGAGCAACGUCGCGGUGGGGGCGGUGGUGAACGCCACGUUCGGCUCCAUCACGGAGCUCACCUUCUACAUCACGGCGCUCAUCAAGGGCGCCCAUAAGGGCAGCAAGUGCUAUGAGGAGAUCGUCAAGGCGGAGCUGACGGGUACCCUGGUGGGCUGCGUCCUCCUGGUCCCGGGCUUGUGCACGGUCAUAGGAGGCAUCCGGCACCAGGAGCAGAGGUUCAACAGCCGCUCGGCGGGUGUCAGCUCGGCCCUGCUCUUCCUCUCCGUGGGAGGCGUCUUCGCCCCGAUGCUCUUCUCCAAGGUGUAUGGGAGGCUGGUGUGCGGCGAGUGCCACAACGUCACCCAGAACGCGCUGGGCCACUACCUCUGCAAGAGCUGCCACUUCGACCUGGUGCAGAACAACGGCAUGCUCUACUACAGCCACGUCCAGCCCCUGGUGUACACAGUGUCCCUGCUGCUCCCUGCCGCCUACCUCAUCGGCCUCUUCUUCACCCUGAAAACUCACUUGCACAUCUAUGACAUCCACAUCAGCGACUGUCACAGGCCCGGCCACCACCACAGCACCGUGGUCCACUGGUCUCGGUGGAGGGCACUGGUCAUCCUCCUGCUGACCUCCCCAGUGCGGGGGUCACGGCAGCCCCACAAGUGCCGCGCCACGCAGCGUGAGCAGCGGGUGCCCGUCAUCCCCCUGCGGGGCUUCUCUCUACUUCUCUGCCUGCAGGAUGUGAGAAUUAUUCCCCUUGGCAACUUCAGCGUUGCUACAAAACAAGUCAUUGCUGGCAAGAAAAGUCCUCUGACUGUUCAGAGACCCGCAUUUCGCCUCUCAAGCAACCUUGUGGAUCUUCACGGCCUCAGCCACGAGGAGGCCUCUGUUGCUGAGCAUGUAUCUGGCCAGCGCCUCCUCCAGCGAGAGAGGCAGCCUGAAUCCAAAGUGGUGGCUACCAAUGUGGAGGAAGGCAUGGUGGAGGAAGAGCCUCGAGGCAGGUGA